UAUGAAUACAAACUUUGUAAAGAAGGCUUUUAAAAUGUUCUUGGAUAUGACAAUGAUGAUUGCCGUUUUCUUUGUGAUGCUUGAAAUCAGCCCAGCAGGUGCAGAAACAAACACCGAAACUUGUAAGGACAUGUUACAGGGUUAUCUGACAGGACAGCUGUCGUCUGGUCUAGGAACGUAUCAGGUGGAGGUUCUGAGGCGGGAAUUCAAAAGUUUUACCGAACAUGUUGAAGAAUCAAUGGGGGUGUUAAAAGAAACAGUAAAGUCUGAUAUACAAAAGAUGCGAGGUUUUACUGGCAGUUCGUGGUUUGACCACAAGGGAGCAGCAGUUGAUCCUCUGUGUUUACCAAGAGACCCAGAAUGGGGUGUAUACACUGAUGGGACGGAUGGUGUUAAAGCUUAUGUCUAUGGCGCGGAAUAUGAAACAGCCACAUCUCCUGGCAACCUGCGUUCACUUUAUCAUCAUGACGUUCCCUGUGCGGUUUGUCUUCAGAGAAACAGAUCUGUCGUCAAGAUGUUUCCAGCUAGAAAAUCAUGUUACAAGGGCUGGAAGUUAGAGUACCGUGGUAAUCUUAUGACAGGAUAUCAUGACCACCCAGCGGGUACAAUGUAUACCUGUGUUGACGAGCAUCCAGACACCUUACAUGGAGGUCUUGCUAAUAAAUAUGGCAAACUGUUCUAUUCCGUAGAGGCUCGCUGUGGUUCCUUGAAGUGUCCACCUUAUGUCGAAGGAAGAGAAAUUAUGAUUGCCGUUUUCUUUGUGAUGCUUGAAAUCAGCCCAGCAGGUGCAGAAACAAACACCGAAACUUGUAAGGACAUGUUACAGGGUUAUCUGACAGGACAGCUGUCGUCUGGUCUAGGAACGUAUCAGGUGGAGGUUCUGAGGCGGGAAUUCAAAAGUUUUACCGAACAUGUUGAAGAAUCAAUGAGGGUGUUAAAAGAAACAGUAAAGUCUGAUAUACAAAAGAUGCGAGGUAUCAUGUAUGCCCAAAACAGCAGCGUUGUUUACACAAGAUGGGGAAAGAAGACAUGCCCUUCAGAUGCUGAAAUAGUUCUAUCAGGUUUUACUGGCGGUUCGUGGUUUGACCACAAGGGAGCAGCAGUUGAUCCUCUCUGUUUACCAAGAGACCCAGAAUGGGGUGUAUACACUGAUGGGACGGAUGGUGUUAAAGCGUAUGUCUAUGGCGCGGAAUAUGAAACAGCCACAUCUCCUGGCAACCUGCGUUCACUUUAUCAUCAUGACGUUCCCUGUGCGGUUUGUCUUCAGAGAAACAGAUCUGUCGUCAAGAUGUUUCCAGCUAGAAAAUCAUGUUACAAGGGCUGGAAGUUAGAGUACCGUGGUAAUCUUAUGACAGGAUAUCAUGACCACCCAGCGGGUACAAUGUAUACCUGUGUUGACGAGCAUCCAGACACCUUACAUGGUGGUCUUGCUAAUAAAUAUGGCAAACUGUUCUAUUCCGUAGAGGCUCGCUGUGGUUCCUUGAAGUGUCCACCUUAUGUCGAAGGAAGAGAAAUUAUGAUUGCCGUUUUCUUUGUGAUGUUUGAAAUCAGCCUAGCUGGGGCAGAAACAAACACCGAAACUUGUAAGGACAUGUUACAGGAUGCACAAAACAGCAGCUAUGUUUACACAAGAUGGGGAAAGAAGACAUGCCCUUCAGAUGCUGAACUAAUUCUAUCAGGUUUUACCGGUGGAUCAUAUUAUGGCCACAAGGGAGCUGCAGUUGAUUCUUUGUGUUUACCGAGAGACCCAGAAUGGGGGUUAUACACGGAUGGGACGGAUGAUGAUAAGGCUUAUGUCUAUGGCGCGGAAUAUGAAACAGCCACUUCUCCUGGCAACCUGCGUUCACUUUAUCAUCAUGACGUCCCCUGUGCGGUUUGUCUUCAGAGAAACAGAUCUGUCGUCAAGAUGUUUCCAGCUAGAAAAUCAUGUUACAAGGGCUGGAAGUUAGAGUACCGUGGUAAUCUUAUGACAGGAUAUCAUGAUCAUCCAGCCGGUACCAUGUAUACCUGUGUUGACGAGCAUCCAGACACCUUACAUGGAGGUCUUGCUAAUAAAUAUGGCAAACUUUUCUAUUCCGUAGAGGCUCGCUGUGGUUCCUUGAAGUGUCCACCUUAUGUCGAAGGAAGAAAAAUUGUUUGUGUUGUCUGUUCCAAAGAAUAA